AUGGCUUCGCGACCGUCGGAUGAUCCCAAGCUCGUCGCCACGGUUGAGCGCACCGUCGAACACUUCCCACCCUCUGCAAAGAGCCAGUUGCGUUUCAUACUGAAUCUCAUGCUGACACGUCUCGGUAGCAUCAUCAGUACUGGAUACUGGACUACGUUGGUCGAACAGCCACUCUCGGUACGCGCGGCGAUCCUUCAAUCGUGGAAACGGUCAUGGUUUUCCCUUUGGCCCGCUCUUGUUCGAAUCUUCAUAGCUAUAACCAAGACCUGCUGGAGCCAGACGAACAAGCUGUACCUCCAGCUUAACGGCCAUGAGCCUUAUAAUAUCGAGGUUGCACCGGGAGUCGAGGCCGCCUUAAAAUUCAUCGAGUUCCAAGAACCAAUUGAGGCCGCAGUCCUUGCCGAAGCCGGGCUACGCGUCGUAGUCGUUGACCGUGGCUACCAUUUCGCACCUGAAGAUUUCCCGCUGGCGCUCAACCGUGCUGACGAUGUCAUGCGAAGCUUGACACCCAACUACGUCCGUGACGAGUGGGCACGUGGCGGUCUCACGUUUCUCAAGGAAGAGCAAUCCCAGAACCACCUUGACCGUGUUUGUGAGGCCAUGGGGGUCAGUGAUGCCACCAUUCAAGCUAACCAUGGUAAUCAAAUUCUGCUUGAGGGUUCGCGCGAUAGCUGCGGUCUAGGCUGUCACACGGGCACGAAACAAAGCUCAGCAUCAUUUUGGCUGCCAGCGGCUGCGCGUGCGGGCGCCAGGUUUAUUGAAGGGCUGGAUAUACACCAGGUUCUAUUCUAUGGCAAUGCCGCAUCCAGGGCCAUGGGUGUGAUGGGCCAAUGGACUUCACGCGAUGAUGAUGGGGUAGCCAACUCGUCUAAACCCAAGACUCAACGGAUGGUGCAAAUACACACCAAGACAGUCAUUUUGGCCAGCGGUGCGCUGAACACGCCGCUUCUAAUGAAGAUGACUGGCCUCGAGAACCCCAACAUCGGCAGGAACCUUCAUUUGCAUCCCGUGGCGAAUAUCAUGGCAACAUGGGAUCAGGAGAUCAAACCGUGGGAAGGCGACAUGUUGUCAAGUGUGGUCACGGAGUUCGAAGACUUGGACAGAGCUGGUCACGGCGCCAAGGUCUCGUCUCUUGCGAUGCAGCCGUAUAUAGCAAUACUUUUCAACCCGUGGCGGAAUAGCAUAGACUUCAAAGUCUCCGCUUUGCAAUAUCGCCACAUGACAUGUCAUAUCUCGUUAUGCCGCGACCGGGAUCCCGGAAGCGUCUCCGCCGAACCGAUUGACGGGAGCCCCAUCAUCAACUACACUCCUUCAAAGUUCGACCGCGCGCACAUCGCCACCGGACUCGUGGCCGCAGCCAAGCUGUGCUACCUCUCAGGGGCUCGGAGCCUAGCACCUGCAGUCCCAGACGUACCUCACUUUGAAUGUGACCAGCUUCCCAAUGUGUCUCGGUCCUUAGAUGACGGAGAGUUCGCUGAUUGGAUCCGCAAACUCGAGAAGACCAGCCUAGAUCCCGCGAGAACAACGUUCAACUCAGCACAUCAAAUGGGUACAACAAGGAUGGGCACAAGCGCUGAGACUAGUGUGGUAUAUGCAAAUGGCAGGGUCUGGGGAUGCGAAAACUUGUAUGUCGCGGACACGAGUGUGUUCCCGUCGGCUAGCGGUGUGAACCCUAUGGUGACAGUUAUGGCUAUAGCUGAUCGCAUUGCGUGCGGAAUCGCCGCGAAGCUAAAUUGAUAUCUACCCUAUUACUGCGCUGGCUAAAGAGCGUUCAGUGAGGUUGAAAACCGUGGGUAUGUACGGAGCCAAAAAGAGUUAAUCGCCGAUGCCCCUUUUGCGAGCUAUUUCUUGUUGAUGUGUUAUGUAUACUGCUCAUGAU